AUUUUCGCCGUCUUGCCCACUCAGUCAUGGCUCUGAGACUUGGCGAGGCGGCUGCGGUGCUCGCGCUGCUGUGGGCGGCGCUGGCGGAGGGGCGGCCGGGGGAGGCCGGGCUUGGAGGAGACGCGAGGGGCGCCAGCGAGGGGAAACUUGACCUGUGUCCUCUGGCGUGGGAGAUUUACCCUUGCUCUUGCACUUGGGACAUGGACCUGGGCCAACCCGAUCUCUAUUGCCCGCACAUAGAAAGUUUGCAACAGCUGCAAGACAUAUUCACGACGGCCUUGUUCCCAGCCAAGAGGUUCUGGAGGAUUCGGAUCUCGGGGGCGCCCCUCGGAGACCUGCCGGAGGACCUCUUCCAGGAGAUCCAAUUCGACGAAAUCCAUAUGAACUCGUGCAACGUGACCUCCGUCCACCCCGGCGCCUUCCGAGCCUCGAAGCCCAACAUGGACACGAUGGAAAUGUACUCGAACCUCCUGACGGACGAGACUUUUCCCUGGGAGACUCUGAACGAGUAUCCUAAGCUGUGGCGCGUCCACCUCCACCACAACCUCUUCACGUCCUUCCCGCAGCUGGUGUCCGACGCCCUCGAGGACAUCAACCUCUGGCAGAACCCCAUCACGACCUUCACGCGAGAGUCCUUCGAAGGGGCGCCCAAUCUCAGGAUUAUCAAUGUGAGUCCCUACGUCGAAGGCUUCCCAGAGGACGCGUUUCAGGCCCUUGAGAACCUACAGGAGCUUCACCUGAGUAACAACCACCUGGGGGAUCUCCAUCGGGGACAAAUCUCCCUUAACUCGGAGAAGUUCGCGUAUCUUUACCUUUCCAACAAUUCCAUUAGCAACAUUGAGCCUGAUGCCAUUACGGGUUUUACGAGCACCCGCCUGAAGGUGUUCCUGGAGGAUAACAACUUGACCCGCGUGGAGGAGGCAGUUUUCCGGCCUCUGAUGGACCGCAUGCUGGACGGGUGGGGGGAGAUCGACCUCGAGGGUNACCCCCUUGUGUGCGACUGCGAUAUGUAUUGGCUCCUCAGCAACACAACCUUCCUUUCCAACGUUAGAUCCGGUUCGUGUAACGGCGUCGACCUCCACGACGUUGAUAUAUCUUCGUGGAACUGUUAAAUAAGGUCGUGUUUUCUUUAAAUUCAUGUCAUUAAAAACUAAUAUCCAUACCUUU